CAUAUUAUGGCAAUAACCAAAGUCGUGUGGCUCAGUCAACUCAGAUUAUAUUCUCCUUGAUUAGCUUGCUAUAUAUGGAUGUACGUUCUGUGCAACUAAUUUAUGACACGAUCAGUCCACAAUGAUCGCAUCUUCUGAUGCUAUAAAUCGAAGUACCCUUUGGUCAUUAUCUCUUGAAUUCGAUCCGAACUCCAAUGAACUCAAUCGCCAUGAACAAGUUAUUGCAGCUCGCGAUGUUUGCCUCGAUCCUGAUCGCCUUAUGCGCUCCGUCUCGCGCUCAGACCUGCCAGAACUACAAAUUCUCGAACCACAACACCUACUCGAGAUGCGUUGAUCUUCCGGUCCUGAACUCGUUCCUCCACUGGAACUACACCGCGUCAUCAUACCGGCUCGACCUGGCGUUCAGGCACGUUGGGGCGACAGCUUCCGAGUGGAUCGCAUGGGCCAUCAACCCACUGGGGCUCAGGAUGGUAGGGUCACAGGCCCUCGUCGCCUAUCAAAGGCCGGGCGGACAAUUCUAUGCCUACGCGUCGCCGAUCAACGGCUACGACACGGGGCUGCUGGAGGGGAGAUUGAGCUUCAGCUUCUCUGGGCUGUCGGGGACGUUUGAGGGCGGCGAGAUGACGAUAUUCGCGUCGCUUCAACUGACGAGCGACAUGGUGACGAUCAACCAGGUGUGGCAAAAUGGUCCCUUGAAAGGCGGCACGCCAGCUAUUCAUGCUAUGAGCGCAGAUCAUCUCGCGUCCAAGGGGACUCUGAAUCUUGUCACGGGCGCGACUAGUUAGAUUCGUCUUGAUUUAGGCGAUGGCUUCGGCUUAUGUACCGGAGACUUUAGCAUUUGUGGAAGUGCUUGAAACUUUGGACAAUAAAAAUGAUGGGUUGUGAAUAAAUGAGUAUUAGCAUAGAGACCCGUGCAAUGCACGGAACUUGGAUUGUUUCG